CUCCUCCGGGAUAGAGGGUUGAGUUUUGUAUGCUUCCAUCCCAUUCUGCAAGACGCUAAAGGCCUCUCAUCAACCUCUCCUGUGUCCAGGAACACCGCCAUAGUAAUCAUUUCGUUUAUUUUGUCUUUUGGAGCUGGAGCGCAUUGCCAGAAGUGGUCGAUUCAACUGAAGCUUUUUUGUUGUUGUAAAUGCUUGUUGUAUGAUGACUCCAGCUUGAGGAGCCAUCACCAAAAACAAAAAAAAGUUUUCUUCAAACGCAUUUCGAAUAAAAACUUGAAUAAAACAGAUGCAACUACAACCAUAUCCUGCUAUUUGAACGACUUCUUCAACGACUAGGAUCACGUUCCAACCAGCUACCGAUAUAGACUACAGUAACCCACUCUGUGAAUUGUUCAUGUCGUGCCAACACAGGACGGGCUCAAGGAGACAGGACUUGUGAACUCAACUGGGACUUUUAUUUCGUUCUACACGUUUUAACUACAACAAACUUAUUUUACUGUUAUUUGUCAACCGCCAAGAAGGAAAGAUUGCUCUUCAACAACUACCUUCCUAUUAUUCUCAUUUGGCUGGAGCGGGUUUGUACGAAACUGUUUUAAUGUUUGGAAUUCAGGAAAAUAUAGGCUUACCUAGAGGAGGGACGACAAUGAAAGAGGAACCGCUGGGCAGCGGGAUGAACUCGGUCCGCUCGUGGAUGCACACAUCUGGGGUAGUGGAUGCGAACACAGCCGCCCAAAGCGGUGUGGGUUUGGCUCGGGCACACUACGAGAAGCAACCACCGUCCAACCUCAGAAAAUCCAACUUUUUCCACUUCGUUCUUGCGUUGUAUGACCGACAAGGACAGCCGGUGGAGAUCGAACGGACAGCCUAUGUGGACUUUGUGGAGAAGGACAAAGAACCAAACAGUGAAAAAACUAACAAUGGGAUUCACUACAAACUCCAGUUACUGUACAGCAACGGUGUCAGAACAGAACAGGAUCUUUUCGUACGAUUAAUCGAUUCCAUGACAAAACAGGCUAUUAUCUAUGAAGGUCAAGACAAAAACCCAGAGAUGUGCCGAGUGCUUCUCACACACGAAAUCAUGUGCAGUCGGUGUUGUGAUAAGAAGAGUUGUGGCAACAGGAACGAGACUCCUUCAGACCCCGUUAUCAUCGACAGGAGACGUCCUGAAUGUGUCUCCCGAGACGUCCUGAAUGUGUCUCCGUUAGGAGACGUCCUGAAUGUGUCUCCCGUUAGGAGACGUCCUGAAUGUGUCUCCCGAGGCGUCCUGAAUGUGUCUCCGUUAGGAGACGUCCUGAAUGUGUCUCCCGAGAGCGUCCUGAAUGUGUCUCCCGAGAGCGUCCUGAAUGUGUCUCCGAGACGUCCUGAAUGUGUCUCCCGAGGCGUCCUGAAUGUGUCUCCCGAGGCGUCUGGGAAUGUGUCUCCCGUUAGGAGAGCGUCCCUGAAUGUGUCUCCCGAGAGCGUCCUGAAUGUGUCUCCCGUUAGGGACGUCCUGAAUGUGUCUCCCGUUAGGAGACGUCUGGAUCAUGUCUCAC